AAUAUCGACCCCCUGUUCUACUACACAAGGGGUGAAACGGGAACGCUUACCCGUCCUCCCCGCCUGGAACCCAUCGCCUCCACUGUGCCCGACGCCGCGCCCGAUUCCACCGGCCGACAACGAUGCAGAGCUCCCUCGCGCGGCCGCUGCGGCCUCCGGUACUGGCCGGACGCGGCGGUAGACGGGGCCUGGUAGCCGUGGCACGGUGCCACGCUGAGGCGGCGCCACCGGUGGGGACGGCGUCUAGGGCGCCCGCGGGGCCGUACACCGGGAGGGAUCCGGAGGUGAAGAAGCCCGCUUGGCUGCGGCAGCGCGCUGCGCAGGGCGAGAAGUACGCUCGCCUGCGGGAGUCCAUCGGCGAGCUCAAGCUCAACACCGUCUGCGUCGAGGCACAGUGCCCCAACAUCGGCGAGUGUUGGAACGGAGGUGGAGGGGCCGGCGGCGAAGGGGACGGCAUCGCCACGGCCACCAUCAUGGUGCUUGGUGACACCUGCACGCGCGGGUGUCGAUUCUGCGCUGUGAAGACCAGCAACAAGCCACCGCCGCCGGAUCCCCUGGAGCCUCUAAACACGGCUUUGGCUGUUGCAAGCUGGGGAGUAGAUUAUGUCGUGCUAACCAGUGUCGAUAGAGAUGACUUACCUGAUGGUGGAAGUAGCCAUUUUGCUCAAACAGUGAAAGCUUUAAAGGAGCUCAAACCUGGAAUACUGGUGGAGUGCUUAACCUCAGAUUUUCGAGGUGACCUGGAGGCCAUCUCAUCUUUGGCUAACUCUGGCCUAGAUGUUUAUGCGCACAACAUUGAAACUGUGAGGAGUCUGCAGAGGAUUGUGAGGGAUCCCCGGGCAGGGUAUGAUCAGAGCUUGGCAGUUCUCAAGCAUGCAAAAGCUUGCAGGGAGGGCAUGGUUACAAAGUCUUCUAUCAUGCUUGGUCUUGGAGAGACUGAUGAAGAGGUGAAACAAGCCAUGAUGGAUCUGCGGGCAAUCGGUGUUGACAUCCUUACUUUGGGCCAGUACUUGCAGCCAACAGAAAGACAUCUAACAGUAAGAGAGUAUGUGACUCCUGAAAAGUUCCAGUUUUGGAAGGAGUAUGGGGAAUCGGUCGGUUUCCGAUAUGUUGCUAGCGGACCCUUGGUUCGGUCAUCCUACCGUGCAGGAGAGCUCUUUGUCCAAAAUCUGGUCAGAAACAACAAAACUGGGUCUUCCUCAUCUUAGAGCACAUUGUAUCCGUAGUACGUUGAGAGCAGCAAAACAAGAGUAGAACAGCAUAAACAUCUGGAUCCUCCGAAAGCUGAGACACAGCUCUUUUUUUCCUUUUCUUUUCGGAUAGUAUGCACAGAUUUGCUCUCUGCUGUUAGUUGCCCCUGUUGAAUAGAGAAAGAAAAAGAGGACGCCGGUUCUUUUCUGUAUACACGAAAAGCUGUUCAAGU